GUGACGCCUGCCGGAAGUGCAUCCCUGUAAACAGCUGAUUCAAAUUAGCGCGCACGUGUGCGGCGGCGCUGCGGCAGCGGCGGGUGACCUCACGCGCGACUCUGACCUCUACGGCCACCCUGACCUGACCCCUACGUGACCCACAACUCCCCCCCCUCCCUCUCUUACCCCCCCCCCCCAGCCCCGUCUUCACCAUCGACAGCAUUCGCGGCAGCUGCGGCCUAGCGCUGCCUCGAGCCUUGCCGGCGCUUGCCAGGGUUGGCCGCCGGCGCGCGAGAACGCGGCCGAGACCUCCGGGCGGCGCGGUGAUGCGGGGUCCCCGGGUUCCCACCGCGCCGCCGCCGCCGCCGCGGGGCCGGGGAGGUGGCGGAGGAGGCGCGGGCGGUGGGCCCCUGGCCGCGCCGUCGCUGUCGGCGCGACCGCUGCUGCUGCUGGCGGCGUGGGGCCACGAGGCGCUGGUGCUGGGGUUGGUUCGGGCGCGGCGCUCGCUGCUGCGCGCCGCGCUCGCGGGCUCCGUGCUGCUGCUACUGCUCUGGGUGUCGCUCUUCCUCUACGGCUCUUUCUACUACUCGUACAUGCCGGCCGUGAGCUUCGAGGCGCCCGCGCACUACCACUUCAGGUCCGACUGCCCCCGUCUCGGGGAGGAGCUGUGCUCAUUUCCCGUGGCGAACGUCUCGCUCACCACCAACCACGGGCGUGACCAGGCGAUGAUGUUUGGGACCCCGUACCACAUCUCCCUGGAGUUGGUCCUCCCCGAGUCUCCGACCAAUCAGCGGCUGGGGAUGUUCAUGGUCGUCAUGGAGACGUACGGGCGUGGAGGCGAGAGUCUGCAAACAGCAGAGCGCGCGGUGAUGUUGCGGUACCGCUCGUGGUUGUUGCGGUUGAUGGAGACAGUGGUGAACGCACCGCUGCUGCUCGGCGGUUGGACCGAGCAGAAGCAAACGCUUGACGUCAACUUCUACUCGGACUACCGGGAAAACGCGUACCGCCCCACGUGGGGGGCUCUGGUUGAGAUUCGCGCGCGCAGAGUGGAGAUCUACUCGGCAAUCGUGCGCAUCCAUGCACGCUUCACGGGGCUUAGGUACCUGAUGUAUUACUUCCCCGUGACGUGCGCACUCGUCGGAGUUGUGAGUAACUUCUCGUUCCUGCUUGUGGCCGCGCUGCUCUCCUACCUUCAGUGGGGGGGGGGCAGGCCUCCCGACAACAUCCGCGUGCAGGUGGACUUCCGGGAGGGGGUGACCCCCAUAACUACCUCAACCCCAGGGACGACUCUGAGACAACGGCGAGACGCGCUGAGACAGCGGAGAGACGAACUGACUGCUGGACAAACGCUGCUGACACCGGCAGGAACAGGCCGUGGUGGUCAUGGUGAUGGUAGUGGUGAUAGUGGCGGUGAUGGCGGUGAUAGUGGUGGCGGUGGUGAUGGCGGUGGUGGUGGUGGGGCCGUGCUGGAGACGCUGGGAGUUCACUCGUCUCUGCCGCUCGUUCGAGUUGCCGUGGGGACCACGGAGGAGGCCACUGCCGUCGUCGCCACCGACGACACGGAAGAGGGUGACGCCCCCCUCCUUGCGACCUCUGACCCGGAGCAGGGGUCACUCAGGCAGCGUCACGUGACCUCGCUUACGCACUUCCCCCCUAGCCCAUCGCCCCCCCCCCUCAACUAUGACCCCUGAACACUUGACCCACGGCCCUGUACUCUGACCCAGUGCCCUGCACUCUGACCCAGUGCCCUGCACUCUGACCCAGCGCCCUGCACUCUGACCCAGCAGUGCCCUGCACUGUGACCCAGCGCCCUGCACUCUGACCCAGCGGUGCCGUGCACUCUGACCCAGCGCCCUUCGCUCUCUGUGAUGCUUGUGGCAAGAGCCGUGGCGAUCUGCCAGUCCCAGUGCAUACUUAAGACUGUUACAGAGCUCCCUCAACCCCCUCCUCUCCCCUCUGCACGUUCGCGAUUGCUUGAAAAAAUAUAAACAAAUAAACUCAAAUGACCCGAUGGUGA